CUGGAGGUGUACAAGUCCAGGAUGGAGGGCAGGCUGGAACCAAUAGUUCUCGCCUCUGUCAUUUGGCUGCUGCUGGACAUGGCAGCACUUCGCAUUUCAAUGGACGAUGUGAACAGUCAGCUGCUGAAGGAGCGAGUUAUAAGAGACCGGGAGAUUUCAAAACAGCAGCGGGGGACACAGUUGGUGAAACAGGGGUUUAAGAACCCGGUUCAGAGGGUGGACCUCGCUGUUACACGUGCUGGUAAAGCACCACUCAGUUCAAGCAUCAAACUGGCUCAUGUCUACAGACAUGGAGGGCAGAGACAGAGUCACCAAGGAGAUCAUCUUCCCAAGGCUGACCAACCCAAGCAUGUUGCUUUUGAACAUAAAGAAGGACACCGCAAUGUCACACCGAAGCAGGAUGUUCCUGCAAGGAAGAAAGCAGUCGACUUGGAUCUGAAUGGGAUGAAAACAGAGAUGAGUAGAGGGACGUUACCUGUGGUAGUGCCUAAUAUAUCCCAAGUGCCGCCUGGUGUUCAGGAAAACAAACAUGGAAAGAAGGGACCCGUUAAUUCUGAACCUAAGGCCGAGACUGGAACAGAGGUGAGUUUGCAGGCACACCCUGUUAAGACAACAACUAAAUUGCCAAAGAAGGAUGUAAAAGGAAAGGUGGUAGACCAUAAAACAGAGGAGAAACACGUUAAGACGAUCGCCAAGAGUGACCUGAAGGCAGCGAAGGAAACCCUGAUACCUACAAUCAAGCUCCGAGCAGGAGAGGACUCCAAGGAUAAACAUGUCACUGCGAAGGCCAGCUCAGUAGCCAGAUGUGCUCAGUGUGAUGGACGCCCAGUCAGCUGA